CACAUAUUCAUACUACCGAAAACAAUGAAGUAGUCCAAGGAUUGAUCCAAAAAAAAUCAGAAUGCCCUGUCAAAUUUUGGCAUUAUGUACCCGAAGAUCUUGAAAAUUGUCCGUAUAUCGUGAUUAUGUCACGAAAUAUUCAUAAUCACCCACCACCACCACCAUCUAAAGUACCUGCAGCAAUUCAAAAUGAUUUAAAAAAAGUAAUUGCAGAGGAGGAUAUUUUAGAUUUAACGGCUAGGAAAUUAAUUACCCGUGCAUCGAUGCAACGAUUUCUUAAAGGAGCCCCACUUCCAGAAUUACAUCCAUCAUUGAAUAAUAGAUCAAAAAUUGAUCAUAUGAUCGCAACAAAGCGUCGUGCUGAACAUCCAUAUGGUCAAGAUAUUAUGGGCGUUGCGCAUAUGCUUUUGAAACAAAGUCAAAAUGAUGAUAAUCCUUAUAUUAGAACUAUUCGAUUCUUUGAUAACGGCCAAUAUUUAAUAUUAUGUGGAUAUAAAAAUCAAAUGAAAUACUUGGCAGAUUCCUUAUAUUUCGAAAUAGAUAUGAGUUUUAAACGUGUACAUGGACCGAUUAAUGAAUGGGAAGUAUGUGCUUAUGUAGAAAAAUACCAAAAAACUUUAGUAUUUGCGCGUGCUUUCACAAUUCUUCAAACAGCAAAUACAUAUCAAAAGUUAUUUGAAGAGCUUUUUACUUGUGUAGAACAAGAUUGCGGGCAUUCUGUCGAGUUUCAACAUAUUCACGGUCGUGGAAUUGGAUGCAUUUUAGCCGAUGAGCAUUAUGGUCAAGCAAUAGAUUGGGUACAAAAUAAAAAACAUCCGUGGAUACUUGCUGGCUUGUCUCCUGCCUUUACUAAAAUGGCACAUAAGAUUUGGGCUAGUACACCAUUUACAACUAAUGCUGGAGAAUCAGCUCAUGCGAAUAUUAAUAGAAAUGGGCAGCCAAAGAAUUUGACAAACUUCAAUGGAGUUCAGCAUUUACAUAUGAAAAAACGAAUGUAUCAGACUCCUAUCGAAACAAAUCACCUUUACAGAGAACUACUGAAUCGGUUAAAAAAACAAUCUUUUAAAAAGGCUCGAGUUUCAAGUGAAUCAAUUAAUAUUGAAGAACAAGAAAGUCUUUUAAGAAUUGAAUGUGAAAAGCUUGCUAUUCAGAAAAACAAAAACAAUGAAUUGGAAAAAGAAAUAAUGUUACGAGAAAAACUUCAAAAACUUCAAAAUAAUUAA